UCUUCAUCAACAAUAUACACUCUUGAUUGAAGCUUCCCUCUCUCUAUCUCUCUCUUUCUCUCUCUGUCUCUCUCGUUUGCUGUUUGCGCUUUCCUUCACGUCUCGUUUCUUCGUUUACACAUACCCAUUUGGGGAUUUUCCAUUUCUCUUCCACUGCGCUUUCUCUCUUUUGUUUCGGAAAGUUUCUGAUCCAAAAUUUCGGAUAAUUUUAAGUUUUUGGGGAUUUUCUGGGUUUUUCUUUUUUCUUUUUUUUUUCCUAUAUUUUAUUUUGUCCUGAUCAGAUCAGUUGGAUUAGAAAUUGAUUCAGUUUUUAUAUUAGUAAGAAGGGAUUUGGGUUUUCAUCUGGGGUGUUUGAUUACUGAGAAACCUGGGUAGACGGAGGAUCACUUUGUAAUUUUUAGCCUGGAAAUGUUGGGAACUGGGUUACAGUUUGGAACUGUUCGCGGUGAGGAAAGCAUUUACAUUCCUGUGAAAGCAAGAAAGAACUACAAUCAACAAAAACAAGGACGAAAACCCAAAAGUGAAAAGAAUGAAAACCCAGAUACGAACAGCAAAAUGGUGGCUUCUGAUAAUAGGAGCCCCAAGGAAGCUUCAAACUCAUCUAAAAAACAGCUUUUGGAGCCAUCAAUAACACCUACUGGUAACCUUGACAGAUUAUUAGAAUCUACCACACCUUUAGUUCCGGCUCAGUAUUUCUCCAAGACGACAAUGAGGGGGUGGAGGACGUGUGACGUUGAGUUUCAGCCUUACUUCACAUUGAAUGAUCUUUGGGAAUCUUUCAAGGAGUGGAGUGCAUAUGGGGCAGGAGUGCCUUUGGUCCUUGACAAAAGCGAUUCUGUUGUUCAAUAUUAUGUUCCGUAUUUAUCUGGUAUCCAAUUAUAUGGGGAAUCUUCUGUCAGGUCGGAUUCGAAGUCAAGGCAAGCUAGUGAGGAUAGUGAUGGUGACUACUAUCGGGAUUCAAGUAGUGAUGGAAGCAGUGAUUAUGAAGUAGGAAAAAUCAUGAAGAUUUCUAUGGAACAGCAGCAUCUUCAUCAUCUAACAAGUGAGGCCCCUUUUAGAAUGGGCAGAUUAUCCAUACAUGAUGAGAACAGUGCUUUACAAGAAGGUUUUUCGAGUGAUGAAGGGGAUGCUAGGAAUUCUCGAGGUGUGCUCCUCUUUGAAUAUCUUGAGCGGGAUCCUCCUUAUAGCCGUGAACCAUUGGCUGACAAGAUAUCAGAUCUUGCUUGUCGAUAUCCUGGGUUGAAGACAUUAAGAAGUUGUGAUUUACUGCCAGCCAGUUGGUUCUCAGUGGCAUGGUAUCCUAUUUAUCGGAUACCCAUGGGUCCAACCUUAAAAGAUUUGGAUGCUUGCUUUUUGACAUACCAUUCCCUUUCCACACCAGUGGCAGGUUCUGGAAGCGGCCAAGCUCCUGUGGUGGUCUAUCCCAGUGAGAUGGAUGGUGUUCCAAAGCUUUCCUUGUCUGUUUUUGGAAUGGCUUCAUACAAAUUCAAAGGAUCUGUGUGGAUACAAAAUGGGAUAAGCGAGUGUCAACUGGCAAAUUCCCUCAUGCAGGCUGCAGACAACUGGCUUAGACUGCUUCAGGUGAAGCAACCCGACUUCCAGUUCUUUGCUUCCCACGGCAUGUACUGCAGGUGAAAUCAGAAGUUGUCUUGCUGUUUCAAUUAUGGCUGCUUCCUGUCCAGAAAUUAUAAGGCCUUGAGAUUGCAUGCUUGAUGCUCAACCAAACUGUGGUAAUGGCAUUUUAAUUCUGGCUAUUAUAUGCUCGAAAUGCUCUAUUGAGGGGGUUUUUUCUGGUGUGAAUUUCCUAUUAUGUGCAAAAAGAAACUGAAGAAGGUGGAAAAUAACAAAAUUGAAAGAGAAUGAAAAAUGAAAAGAUAAUGAAAAAAGAGUAAGAAGAAUCCAAGAAGCAGGGGAAAAAAAAAAUGGGGGCAGAAUAAAUGAAAGAAAAGAGGGGAGAAGACUAAUAAAGAUGAGCAUGGAGAUGUAAGAAAGUUGGACUACAUUGAGGCAUCCACUAGUUGCAAAGAGAUAUGUAAUGCUUUUGUAUUUGAGACCUGCAUAUUUUUGUUAUAUUUAUAUGAUGAGAGAAAUAGUAUAAGAAUCUUUAGAUGGUAUGUUGAUUUCUUUGAUGUAUAACAGGGAUUUUCUUAGUAUCCCUUUUGAUAGACUAACAUGUCAUGUUUUAUUAUAGGAAGAAAAAAUGGAAAAUAAAGAACAAAGAUUUAUGGUAGGAAACAAAAUUGGUAAUGCUUUAACA